ACACGCACUAUGUACUGUUGUGAUUGUGAUUGAAUUAGCUUAGCAUUUCUCUUUUUAGUUUGUAAUUGUGACACAUCACACCCAAACCAUACAACUUUUAUCGCCAACUAUCCGCUGCUAUUCGUUUUGUUUGCCACGUAUUUCCUUACUUGUGCUUGCAUGAAAAUAUUUCUAUGUACACUUGAUAAAAAUAAUUAUGGCGGGGUCAGCACUAAGGAGGCUCAUGGCUGAAUAUAAACAAUUAACAAUCAACCCACCAGAAGGUAUUUUAGCUGGACCUAUAAAUGAAGAAAAUUUCUUUGAAUGGGAAGCUUUAAUAACGGGACCAGAAGGCACCUGUUUCGAAGGUGGAAUAUUUCCAGCGAAACUGGUUUUCCCUGCUGAUUAUCCACUAAGCCCACCUAAAAUGCAAUUUAUAUGUGAAAUGUUUCAUCCUAAUAUAUAUGCUGACGGAAGAGUUUGUAUAUCAAUCCUCCAUGCGCCAGGUGAUGACCCAAUGGGAUAUGAGAGUAGUGCAGAGAGAUGGUCGCCAGUACAAAGUGUAGAGAAAAUUCUUUUGUCUGUUGUUAGUAUGCUAGCUGAACCGAAUGACGAAAGUGGCGCCAAUGUAGAUGCUGCAAAAAUGUGGAGAGAAGACCGGGAAGAGUUCAACAAAAUAGCUGAAAGAUUGGUCAGGAAAACUUUAGGAUUAUCUUCUUCCUAAUAAUAAUUAAACUAACACUUACUGUUGCCAAUUUAUGAUGUGCAUCCAUUACAGAUAAUUUAUUAUGUAUGAGUGGGAAACUCACGGGUUAGUCGUAAGGGUACAGCAAUCAGAAAGCCAAGUAAAAUACUCAUAAAUCUGAACCACUUUCUCUAAGAAACGAAAGUUAUAUUUUAAAAAUUAAUUGUGUUCUUUCUAUACAUGCUAUAGGAUCAUGUGAACGCGUGCAAUUUUUACCCUUUCGACUAACACGAAUACAACAAUGAUGCCUUCUGAAGCUGCCUAGCUGGUCAUUGUUAAUAUACAGAUAAUUAUUAUGCAAUAUAAUGUGAUACAGUUGAAUUAUGUAUAGCUCGGCGUUAUAAGUUUAUAAAUUUAUGUACAUCAUGUUAUAAAUAUUGUUUAUCUCUUAAUAGUUAUUAUGUAGUUCAUAUUAAACUAUAGCUUUUUAUGACGUUACAAAUGGGAUUAAAUAUUCGUGUUCGCUCACUGAUAGAGAAUAUUUUUGGAUAUUGUUAGUUAUUAUAUAAACUUAUUUACAUUAGCUAAUAUCAGUAAUAACGGUUAUCACAUUCAAUCUAUUUACUACUAUUAUUAAUAUGCAAUUAAUAAAUGGAACAUUCAGUAAACUUAUAUGGAUACACUUUUAAGAAAACCCAUAUCCUUAAUACACCCUGUAAAACUUUUGUUUAAAAUGUUUAUUUUAAAUAUUAUGUAUGACCUGAACAUCACUAAAUAUAUAAUAAAUAGAUUAUGUGUAAGUUGAUAAUGUAGUAGGCAAUAAAUAUUGAAUUGUUUGUACAUAAUUAAUACAGAUGAGAAUAUUUUCUUGUUACAUAUUUUUAAGGUGUAAUAUUUAGUAGCCGGAGUCUUUACUUAAUAUUUAUUUAUUGUUUUGGUGUUUUAAUUUGUAUUUUGGGUAGUUAUUUUUAAACUUUCGUGUUUGAUAUACAUUAAUUAAAUUAUUAAUCGGGUCUUAAUACGAAUAAUUUGGCAAAUACCUUUAUUUGCCAUAAAAUUAUUUGUGUCAACACUCGGUUAAUAAUUUAAAUAAUAUUUUGGGUAGGUUUAAAUAUUUUUUAAUAUACAUUAUUCCCGAUUAUAGGCUGCAUGCAACCAAACGCCGAAGCCGGCAAUAUACUGAAUUACAUACUUGUAAUCAUUUUAAGAUAAUCAGGUAUUUACGUUGUAUGAAGUAGCUCGAUACGUUUUCUAAACAGAAUUACAGUCAACUAUGCGAUUUAAUUCAAUAUUGUCGUUUUUUCCGCACAAUAACCAUCAAAUUCAUGUCGUAUAAACAGAAUGUCUUUACCGUACGGAAAAAUUUGAUGACAUAAUUACAAUGUAAUUCGAUUAACGUAAAAAUAUUCAUAUUUUCCAUUUAUUUGGCGAAAGAUAAUUCAAUGUACACAAUGUAACGUACGAAAGUUACGAUGAAGUGGGAAUGUUUUACUAUAAUUCCAGAGAAAAAUCACUUCGCUUAGUUUUGAUUGUAAUCGUAGUUUAAUUACUUAUAGCACUUUUAAUUUAUACAACGUUACUAUCUGUUAUCUGCUUUUUAUGAGAUGAAAGAUAGCCAUGCCUUCUUUGUAAUGCAGUUUAUUGCAAUAUCGCAUUUUAUUAAGAUUAUUUCACCUGUUUACUCGUGAAAUGGUAACAAACAGUCAGACAGUUACUUUCAUAUUUGAAAUAUUAGUAUAGAUAGUUUAAAAGUACUUAUGCUCACUGAAUCCCUCAUAAGAAAUAGGUAAACAUUUGCACCAAUCAAUGUUAUAACAUUUCUUUUUGCUUCGCCGUAGUCUGGUAAAAGUUGGCAAUAAAACGACCUUGUUAACUCUAAAGAAAAAGUAUAUCAGAGCCGUCCGAAGUAUUGCAAGAUAAUCUUGAAGAAUAGAGACAAAUUGUAUUUUACUAAUUAGUACGGAUUCUUAUAAAACAGGUCAAUUAUCACAAUUUGAAAAUUAUUAAUAAACAUGUUCAAUA